CUUUCCUUUGAAGGAUCAAGCGCAGGAAGUACUCUUUUUUGCCUGACAGGACCCAGAAGUUAAGUCCCAUCAGCCUUCGCGCGCGACCUUCCACUCUCUUCCUCGGCGCUGCCUGCGGAGGUGGCAGCCAUCUGUAACUCGGCAUCAUGGCUGCCCUCAGACCUCUGGUGAAGCCCAAGAUCGUUAAAAAGAGGACCAAGAAGUUCAUCCGGCACCAGUCAGACCGAUAUGUCAAAAUUAAGCGCAACUGGCGGAAACCCAGAGGCAUUGAUAAUAGGGUGCGCAGAAGAUUCAAGGGCCAGAUUUUGAUGCCCAACAUUGGUUACGGGAGCAACAAGAAAACAAAGCACAUGCUGCCCAGUGGCUUCCGGAAGUUCCUAGUCCACAAUGUCAAGGAGCUUGAGGUGCUGCUGAUGUGCAACAAAUCUUACUGUGCAGAGAUUGCUCACAAUGUCUCCUCCAAGAACCGUAAAGCCAUUGUGGAAAGAGCAGCCCAGCUGGCCAUCAGAGUCACGAAUCCCAAUGCCAGACUGCGCAGCGAAGAAAAUGAAUAGACAGUUUAUGUGCACAUCAUAUUUGUGUUAAUAAAACCAUAAAACUAC